AUGGUCACGGCAAGGUCCAUUUACUACAAGCACGAGGUGAUGUUCCUUUUCUUUGGAUGGCGCCAGGCAGCGGACGAUGGACCCUACAGCGCCCUUCUAUCUACAUGCCUCGAGGGCCCCUGGCCCCUGGCUCCAUUAUGCCAAGAACCACUUUUCCGGGGUUUGCGUCAUGGCUACGACAUGAUGGGCAGGAACUAUUCCCAUCAGCUCCACUUUUCGUACGCAAGCGUCCGCGGCUUCGUGUACAAGCAGCGCCCCUCUUUGCGAGAUCCCCGGUGGCUACUCCAAGCGGCAGCCGGCUUGCAUCGUGCUGUAAAGCUGGAAAGGUGGGCCGAAGAUGUACGUACAUGGCUGCAAAGCAUCAAGCCUUCUUUACAUGAGCAAGCCAACAACUUGCAGACCAAGUCGGAGAGACUUGAAGAUCUGGGCGACAACGAUCUGCUCUCGCACGUGGAAGUGUGCAUGGAUUUCAUGGAGCUGGCGAGUGAGACGCACAGGCGUUUCACACCAGCUUCAGUGCUGCCCUUGCUGAACCUCAUCGAUUUCUGUCGAAAGCAUGUCCAGCAGUGGGACAUGGUGACAGUGGUUCAGCUGGUCCAAAGCGAGGCCUCAAAGACCUGGUGGCAAGACAAUUUUGGGACAUAUGGGGCUGCGGUGCAAGGUCUCGUGACGCACCUGAAUCAUAACUUGGAGCUGCGCUGCAUGUUUGAGCUUGACAUUCAAAAUCCAGAGGUUGCCCGGCAUGUGUGGGAGAAGCUUGAGGAGAAACCAUAUGCCCAGCAGCUCCUCAGUUGUGCAGUUGUGCAUCGUACUGUUCAGUGGGGCCGGACAUUCUUGCGCCGACGCUUCGUGAGGAGAAGGUUCACAUCCUAA